AUGAGAUCUCAAAGCUCAAUAAUGGUCCAACCAUCGAGUGAUUUGGAUUUAGAGCUUAUCAAGUUCGCGCAUGCAACAAUUGAAAAUGUACCAGAUACACCUGAGUACGACAAGAUGAUAUCUGGGAUGGUGUACGAUUCUUUUUCAGUGCCACUGGAAACUGCACGAUUUCGAUCAACAAUGAUUUGCUCUCAGCUUCAACGAAUGAGUCUGGAUCAUUAUAGCAAUCUUGAUGAUUUCAAGAUUGCAAGAACUCGUCUCACCAGACAAAUUUUGGGCAAAUGUGGGAAAAAUCCUCUUAUCGAGACUCCGUUUAGCUGCGACUAUGGAUUGAACAUUGUGGCUGGGGAUGAUUUGUACAUCAAUGCAAACGCUGUAUUGUUAGAUACUUCGCUCAUAAUUUUGGGAAACAAUUGCAAGAUAGGCCCAAAUGUUACGAUCACUACAGCAGACCAUCCUUUAGAUGCAAAUGGAAGGAGCGAAGGACUGGAUUACUCACGAAAGGUGAUCAUUGGAGAUAAUUGCUGGAUAGCUGCCAACGCCACAAUUUUACCCGGUGUGCAGUUAGGUGACAACGUCGUGGUUGGAGCAGGUUCUGUGGUGACUAAAAAUAUCGAAAGUAACAGUUUGGUGCUUGGGGUACCGGGGCGGAUAGUGAGGAAACUGAAUCAGAAGAUAACGGAUGAAUAG